ACAGAAGGUCGUGGGAUUCUUGCCAGUCCUAUGUCUUUGUACCUUCUCUUUCUAGCACUCUCUAAACGGCACUAGAACCAUAUUGGCUUACAUAAACUUGUCGCCCUAAUCCUUAGCCUGCUAUUUCACUGUCACUAUUAUUGACUCGGUUUAGUAACUUCCCCCAAUCUCGGAUAUCACGUUCGCUUCACGCCAUGGGGGUCUACAGCACUGACGAAGACGCGUCGUUGCUCGCAAACGCAGCAGACGGCUAUCCAGCCGCCGUCGCCGCCGCUGCGGGACUCGCAGGAGGAGCGACGUACGUCCCCCUGCCAGGGGGAACAGCCUCAGAUACGGCGAUUCCAAAUCCCUUGGCCUUCGAAAAGCUUCAGCAGGCCCACGGAAAGCAGCAGCAGCAGCAGCAGCUGCCAGUAGUGUCCGUCGUGCCGGUAUAUCACGUCUCCGCGGCAACGGCAGCACAGGCGGAGGCGUCGGGUCGGCCUCCAGCUGGGCUGACGUCGCGCGGGUCGCUGUGCUUCGUGAGCGGCACGCCGUACGAGGGCGGCGUCAUCCCCGCCGACGCCAUCUUCUCGCACCCCACGGGCCGCCAGCUCCGCGCCACGUUCUUCGGGGACACUCCCGCGCCGUUCACGUGCCCGUGCUGCGGAUUCUUGGGCCUCACUGACGUCCGGUCGUCUCUGAGCGCGGCUGCAGUGGUGGCAGCAGCGGUGACGAUCGUUGGCGUGUGCUUCCUAGCGCCCGGCAGCUGCAUGUGGCAUAAGAGGCACUACUGCCCCUGUUGCCAGAACAAGGUGGGCGAGCACCAGAAGGACGACAUGUUUCUUGUCGCAGACCCCGUGCAGUGGCACCGCCCCUCUUUUGCUCUCCCACUCUAGUUCCCUCCGCUCCACCUCCUUUCCGACCACCCUUAGCGCCCAUACCGCCAUAGAGCCCAUGAUGUCUGCCUUCUGUCUAUUGGACUCAUCUCUCCUCCACUCAGCCAAUGCCAUGCCACCCAGGGGAAAUCAUAACAUACAUCAGAGCUUUGAGCUGCCUCGAAACCAUACAAAUGGGACUGUUUGCUGCCUAGUCUGACUUGUACGGCUUCAGGAUUUGUUGAGUGCGUGUGCUGAGUGGCGAUGAUGAGUUUUUGUGUACUUAUUACUGUCCACCCAGAUGAUGUACAGGUUGGAGGGUCAUUGCCCACCAAAUUGUUCAGG